UUGAUCUAUUUUACGCCUAUCUGUUAGUUGGUUUAGAAAGCUGGUUCUCAAAUACUGCUUAAGAAGUUAGAGUGAAAUUACCAUUAUGCAUUUACAGAAUCCCGAUUGUUCACAAGAGGACACAUCACGUUUAGAAAAUAUGGAUCAUCAGAAACUGUCAAAUGGAGCUUCGACGAGACAUUGGCAAUAUCCAGUCUCUUGUGAAGAUAAAACCACCAUAAAUUUUGCAGAACAGUUUGAAUAUUUUUGCAGCAACAUUGCAGACAAUGCCUCAUCUUGUAUCAGCUCGAAGAUGAUCUUAUCUCCUGAUCUUCCAUACGUUAUCAAGGGAACGUCUUGCAUUUCUUCUUUUGACAACAAUCAGGAGUCGACAUCUAUGGAUACAGGCGAAAGUCAGCAAGAAUCGGAACAGACAAGGUUAUUCAUGCAGGAAGGAAGCAUGUCAUCGUCGUUAGAGCGUGAAGCAAAGAAUAAUGUAUCUCAAAAUAUACAAUGCUUCAACUCUGAAGAAUGGCAACAUGGUCUGACACAAGAAAUUGACCGACUUCGACUUGAUGUAGUUAAACCAGACAUUAUUGUUUGGGAAGAGAGUCAGGAUACUAACUUGGAGAGAAAUGCCAACUCUUGGUAUGCCAAAGAAGAGGGGCAUUUUGAUAUACACGUACCUCAGAUGAAUUACAAAAUCACCCAAGAUCCUUGUCUCUCUGUACCAAACAUAAGUAUUACAGACGAAAAACGAAGACCUCCAUUGCCAGACCUUGGAGAAAAUUCAAGAGGAGCGUUCUCCGCAUAAAAGUGUUGUCUUAAACUUAAUAAUCCUAAGGCAAAACAAUCUAUCUAAAUGUUUGGAUGAUUAUAUGUACAGAAACAUUUAUUUAAAUCAAUCUCUUAGAGUAAAAAAAUAUUGUAAAUACAACAUUCAUUUGAAGAGUAUUAAUACCUCCCGAAAGUAUAAAUCUUAGAUGUAAAUACAUGAUGUGAUUUUUUUAAUGUAACUUCAAAAAUAGAAAAUAUUUGUAUGUUUAAACGUUAUUUCCAUUUUCUCUACUUCGUGUACUUAACAUAAUAGUUAUUGGAAGUAAACUUUUGUGCAUGUUAAAUAAAUUACAAGUAAAAGCACUAUUACAUAAACUCAACGAAAAAAUAAACUCGAAUGUUGAAUUCCAUUA